GAAUAGUCUUUGGGACAGCACGCUGCAACGUCACCGAACGUGACAGGAAGUGUGCAGAUGCUAACAGUCAGCUGAUACAGCGACAGCAACGACAACAGCCGUAACGGUCAAAGAUGGCCUACCCUAGAUCCCACAACCCUUUUGCUGAUAGUGAUGACGAUGAGGAGGACUUUAGGCCCAAAAACAGGGGGUUCGAUGACGACCCCAGUGACAGUGGGUUGAGUGAAGCAGAGCGAAGGCAGAGGUACCUCCAGCAGGAAGUGAUGCGUACAGCUCAGUCUGCUGUGGACAGCAGUUAUCGUUCCCUCGGCCUCAUCUAUGAAUCAGAGAAGAUGGGCGUUGAAACUGCAGAGGAGCUGAUGCGACAGGGUGAAGCUCUGAAGAGGGCCGACAAGAUGAUGGACAACAUGGACCAGGACCUGAAGACCAGCCAGAAGCACAUUAACAGUAUCAAGAGUGUGUGGGGCGGCCUUGUCAAUUACUUCAAGGCCAAGCCAGAAACAAAGCCACCACCUGAGGAGCCAAAGGCCUACCAGGCCAGUGAAAAAUUACAGAAUGCCUUGGCCAGCAGCAGAGAACAUGAAGAUAAGUACCAAGCCAGCCACCCCAACUUAAGAAAGUUGGAUACAGGAGGAUUUGGAGCUUCUUCAUCAGUAGAUGACGGCUCGUCUAGACAGAAUGGAUACCCUCAGAACAGACACCUCCGAGAGGCUCACCAUACCCUCGACAAAAAUUUAGACGAGAUGUGUGAUGGUUUGAGUCGACUAAAAAGCCUUGGACUUGGUCUUCAGUCUGAGAUUGACGACCAGGACGACUCCAUUGAUGCUCUGAUGAAUAAAGUGGACAGGAUGGAUGACAAGAUCCAGAACACGAACCAACAGAUUAAAAAACUCAAAUAAAAGAAACAGUUGGACUCACCUCACAGAGACAAAAGACAGUGUCAGCUCAUCCUCUUACUUCUCUCAUUCUCCAUCCUAGCCUCUGUUGAAUAAACUAUGCGUUCUUUGUUGUUUUGUUUUUUAUGGAUAGGAAGUUGUAAUUCUGGCAAGUAAGCAAGUGAACAAAUUUUUAUGUAGAUGAUUUUAUUCUUGAAUGUCUGAAAGGUCCUAAUCAUUUGCUUUUCAGAUUUGUCCAUGAAUCCAUGUUUGCGUAGAAUUUCCUCCUUCCACUCAGUUUUAUACCAACAUGUUGAUUUAAUGAGUUCUUUCACCUCAGAACAACUGUGAUGUGCUCUGCAUCGAAUAUUAUAUUCCAUGCGUGUAUGAGAGGUAAAGGACUGUCUUUGUCUGGGUGAAAUCUUUGUUUUUUCCAUCAAGCUCCAUUGCACUUCUGUCUGAAUGUAGUCUGUUGAAUUGGCUUUGUUUUGGGUGAUUAGAGCAUUAGCUGGAUCAGUGUGUCUUCAUCACCAAAGACGUACCAUUGGCUCCUUGGUGUCUCAUCAUUCAGGUAAACAGAAAAACAGAUUAAUGGUUUGACUAAUGAGGAGGAGCUUUUUUGAUUAAUGGGUAAUUCAGUGAAUAGCAAAGAACACAGCGUAUUUCUAAAACUGGAAUGUUUUGUGCGUAUGGUUCACAUGUCAGUGCUACCUUCCUGGACCUGCCUCCACACAUGUACUAGAACACUCUGAAAGUCCAGCUCAAGUCACUUUUGCCUUAUACAUAAUCUGUAUGUACAGCAGAGUAGCUUCUGGUUCUGUGCCAUGAUUCUGUGUCCACUGCUACAUCUCAUCAUGAGGUGCCUCACUUUGUUUGAUUCUCUGAAUUUAUGUCCAAAGUACAUGCAAUGUCCUUCAGUGCUUUCCCUAGCUUUAUAUAAAAUGUUUAUAUUGAUAAAUAUCAUAUUGAAUUCUGCAUAAUGUGAUUGAGUGAAUUAUUGUACAGCAUAAAUAAUGUGAACAAGCUAGCUGUGAAUAUGAAAACUCAAAACUGAAGGAGCACCCCCUUUAUUAUCAGGAUAUAUCUUCACGGAUACACUAAUGAGUAGAUGAGCCACCAUGUUAUGUUUUUUUAAGAGAAUAAAACAACAUUAUGCUAAUAAAAUCACAAAUAA